GGCCCUCGCCAGUAGGAGCGCUGCAGUUGUUCGGAUGCCCUCCGUAUCUUUCUCUCUCUCUCUGUCUCCGAUACUGUUCGUAGUCUCACAGUGCAUCUGUAGUCGGAUGGAGUUGGUGGGUGGAGCACGAAUCUUCACCCACAUGCGUUCGUGUUGGAAACUUACAGAGUGGUUUAAAGUUUGCUGUGGUGAAGUGUUAACAAAUGAGGCGUCUAUGGCGGUGAAUCUAAUGGGCGUGUGAGAUCUUCGUACUCUGUCGAGAUGCUGUACAUUUUGCCGCCCCCAAGUGCACCGAGUCCUCCGUCACCGUGGACCACAAUCCUCUGUGGUGGUAGCGAGGGUUCUGCCACCGGUGGAGUCAGCGGUGUUGUCAAAAUGGUUGCUGGAGGGACUGUGGCCACCGCAGUGCGGAGGAGCUCGUGGGUCACUGCCACUGCUACCAGCAAAAGACCUCCAACAGCCCGAGGUCAUGCGUCGAAGAAUCACAGGACCAGGGAUUCCGGAGCUGGAGGUUGCGUUGAUGACGAGGAUCCGACCAGAAAUUCAAGGAGUCUCAGCGAGUGUUACUUCGCUGGCAAGGGCGCCGCGCUGGUGCUUCCACCUAACGAGCGACUGUAUCCCUCUGCCAACAGCGUCGGCAGUAACGGUGGACGCCACAGCCGACGUGUUAGCGCGAGUGGCUCUGACAUCCAGCAGCACCUCCAGUCCAUGUUCUACCUCCUGCGGCCUGAGGAAACACUCAAAAUGGCUGUGAAGCUAGAGAGUGCGCAUUCUUGUCGUACCCGGUACCUGGUCGUGGUCUCGUGCGUGGGACGCCAGGACGCCGAGGAGAGUUGCCUCCUUGGGAUCGACUGCAACGAGAAGACCACCGUGGGACUGGUACUGAGGGUUCUCGCGGACACGGCCAUCACGCUCGACGGCGAUGGUGGCUUCAGCGUGAGUGUGUGUGGGCGACAUCACAUUUUCAAGCCGGUGUCUGUUCAGGCCAUGUGGUCAGCACUGCAGACCCUGCAUAAGGUGAGCUCGAAGGCACGCGAGCAGAAUUACUUCCUGGGAGGGCUGACACACGACUGGGUGAGCUACUAUGAGCAGCGCAUCGAGUCGGACCGCUCCUGUCUCAAUGAAUGGCAUGCCAUGGACAGCUUGGAGUCACGGAGACCUCCGUCGCCGGACUCCGUGCGGACCAAGCCUCACGAACGCGAGGAGACAGAAUGUGUGAUUCGCUGUACAUUAAAGGAGAUCAUGAUGUCGGUGGACUUGGAUGAAGUAACCUCCAAAUACAUUAGGGGUCGCUUGGAGGAAGACCUCGACAUGGACCUUGGGGAGUUCAAACCAUUCAUCGAUCAGGAGAUGCUUACCAUACUGGGGCAGAUGGACGCAGCUACAGAGAUUUUUGAUCACGUGUACCUUGGCUCCGAGUGGAAUGCUUCUAAUCUUGAGGAGCUGCAGAAAAAUGGCGUUCAUCACAUAUUGAAUGUGACACGAGAAAUAGACAACUUCUUCCCAGGAAUGUUUAAUUACUUAAAUAUUCGUGUUUACGACGACGAGAAGACAGACCUCUUGAAACACUGGGAUAACACUUUCAAAUACAUCACAAGAGCAAGGAAAGAAGGUUCUAAAGUGCUGGUUCACUGUAAGAUGGGUGUCAGCAGGUCUGCAUCCGUCGUAAUUGCGUAUGCCAUGAAGGCUUAUAACUGGGACUUCAAAGAAGCUUUUGAAUACGUGAAGCAGAAGCGAAGUUGCAUCAAACCAAAUGCAAGCUUUAUAUCUCAGUUGGAAACGUACCAGGGAAUCUUGGACGCGAUGAAAAACCGUGAAAAGCUGCAACGCUCGAAGUCUGAGACAAAUCUCAAGUCCCCGGGACUUGUAGCGAAAGCAGAACAAAGGACCGUCUGUGGUGGGUCUCUGGGCAAAACAAGGCAGGAACCCCUUGAGUCUCUGGCCUGUUCACAGGUGCUUGGAAGUGACUGGACAGACUCAUCCGGAGAGGAGUUGGCCAGACAAGGCGGGCGACCGAAGUCGUGGUCACCGGACAACAGCGCCACUGCUUUGCUUUUCAUGGGAAAUGUGACGGGUCCUACGUCGGUUUCCUUGGAGCAGCUGAAUUUGGAGGGAGCGUCACCAGCGAAACAGGACGCGUCUACUUCUGUCGCGCGUUCCCGACUGGAAACGAAGCUGCCGGAACCCCGCCCGCAGGAUGGGAUUCCUCCAAUACUGCCACAAAAAGAAACGACCGAGGCAGCUCGCAAUUACAACCUCAAUGUGCGCAUGCCUUGUGGAAAUGGACAAGCGUACAGUGUGUCUCAGAACAAAGUAGUGUACCUACCAGCUUCUUGCUGUCAGGAGAAACAGUGCAUAUCAGAAGUUGAAUGUUCCUCUGUAGCAGAAGGCGUAGUUCCAUCGGUGAAGCAUCGAGUCAGUGAAUUGGAGUCGCAGAACAGCCAUCCAAAUGGGACAGCAAGCAAGAAGAUGUCCUUAGAUAGGAAAAGAUUGGUACUUAAUCUUACAACACAGUUUCCCGUGUCUCCAAGUGCUGUCGAAGCAGAACAAGAGAGACCGUGCAGUAACACAGUUGAAGAAGGUGAGCACACGGCACAGUCGCAAACCAAGCUACGUCCACACAUGCUCACUGCAGUCCUAGUCAAGAAGGAGAUCUGGGAUCCUGGGGAGAAAGAAUCCCCUACAGUUUAUGCCGUGGAACACGUUACUCCAGUUACUUCUUCCCCGCCCAGAACUCCUGUUUCUCAACCUGUGGUGCCAAGUAAUAGUGACUGCCUAGUCUGGACCUCUUCUACUGAAGUGGCAGAAAAAUGUGUGCAUGAACCUUUAACAAACAAAGCUGAAGAUGUGAUAUUUGUUUCUGAGUUGAAGUUAGUGGAUACAGAUACUAUAGAGAGAUUGUCAGCACCAAGUGUUGGGCAAGACAAAGUAGGAACAGGGAACAGAAUGUUACCUAGGAAGGAGGGAGAUCCGUUCUCUGCCCAGCUGGACCGUGUGUUUGAGCGAGAAGAACGCAAGCAACAGCGAGUAGUGAUACCUGGCACCGUGCCUGCCACAAAUGCAGCGUCUCCACCAGUACCACCGCCACCUCCAAUACUACCUCCAUCUGUCACAGAACAUUCGAGUGACUCUCCGAGCAGGGAGUGUCCUUCACGGCAAAGUUCGUGGAGCUCGUACGACAGUGCUGUUGUGCUAGGUUUCCAAGGGGAGGCUCGUGAUGCGCCAUCCCGCCAGAGUUCUUGGGGAUCAGGAGACACAAGAUGGACAUAUAGUGGGGGAGGUACGUUACCAUCACGUAACAGUUCUUGGGGGUCAUAUGACAUGCGACCACCUAUGCAGUACGUCAAUGAACGUGGUGAGAAAUACCAGCAGCCAAUUCAAACGCAUUUGGAUGAUUUGUUUGGGAGCAGCAGCAGCGGAAUGUUUCCCUAUGAUCGUGAUGAAAUACCGUGGUACCCUGGCACUGUGAAGAGAACAAAGCAGAAGCUGGAGGAAGGUACCGGCACUGUAAAGCGCGUAUGUUCUGAAGCUCAGCAACGAAGUGAAUCUCCUGCAUCUCCAGUGGCCGGCAGCCAAGAAUCCCCAUUGUCUUCUUCCAUCCGGGCUGGAGAUUCUAACCCAGGAAUGAACGUCAAGAUCCAUGGACCCCGUCCUUACCGGAGCCCAUCCUCAGACAGAUUACUUCCUACUACAGGCUUUUCUUUCCCUUCGUCUGAUCCUCACUCCUCCGACCUUCAUUCCGGGAAUAUGGUAAUCCAGUUUCAGGCUGAAAGUCCUGUUAUUGUCCACUAUGCUAGCUCUCCUACACUCUGCUCACAUCAUGGAAUAGGAAGUGAGAGUAAUGACUCGGUGGGCACCGCUCCGGUGUCUACCGAAAAGAUGGCCACCUCUCAGCCUAACAUCACCUUUCUGAAUACUGCAGCUGCUAGUGACAGAUUAGUGGAAGAUGUGAUAUCACAACAGUCUAGUGCCAUAUCAAGACGAACAGACUUAGAUAGGGACUCCUGCUCUGCAGUGGUUGUGCCUGAUUCUCCUCCUCACACUUUAUGCUGUCUCUCUGCUAGUGCACCCACUACAUCGGCUGUUAGUUUAGUAGAAGGUAUCGAGUCCCUGACUCCUCCAUCACAUUCCCUACCGUCUGUGUCUAUGGUCUGCUUAACUCCUCGCGAUCUGUCUGCGGCUGUCUCGUGUGAAUCGGUGAGUGAAACUAGUCCUUGUAUUAUCAGCACCACUCAGUGUGCGUCAGUAAGACAUCAGAAGAGGGUGUUGGAAAACUUAACCAAUGUUACAAGAAGGAGCAUAUCAGUUGACAGUUCUGCAGAUGUUACCAAAGACACUAAUGCAUUGCCAAGAUCUCCAGAGGUUAUGGAUAGCCAGAAAAGUGUUUCGGGUCUUGUCAAGAAUCUAAAGAAAGAGUUUGAAGCAAAAUCUGUAAAUAAGACAGAAAAAUGUGUCAUUACAUCCACUGAAUUAUCUGGAAGUGAUGGUGAUCAGAAGAGAUCUCCAGAUGGCUUGAAGACGCACAGUCUCCCAUCAUCACCUGUGAGCAGCCAUCCUCAAUGCAAGUCCUCAAGCAGUCCUUGCUGCGUCUCUACCACAGAGGACUUGUCAGUGAAGGUGUUGGUGGGAAAGUAUGAAGUGAGCAAGAACACCGUAGGGCAUCCUGACUCGCCUUCUCUUGGCUGCAGACACAAGUUUUCAGAAAACGAGACUGUUCCCAGGAGGACAUCAGCGUCCCAGCAGCAACCACCCGUUCCCUUACGAAAAUCCAGUCUUGAGAUUCCUUAUAUUCAAAACAACGCUAAUAAGCAUUCUUCCUUGCUGGUUCGUAACCUUCGCAACGGUAAGGAAGGACCAAACGCGCGGCCCCCGACGGCGCCGCACGUACGUAGCUGUGUGGGACCGUCACCUAGCGUGGUGGUCGCUAAUGUCGUGGCUAAGGCUGCUAGUAAGAAGCAGCAGCAGGGCAAGACUCACCCAUUGGCUCGCCUCACAAUAAAUAAGCCCCGCCACACUAAUAGUGUGUACAACACCAUGUGAUGACAGGAAGUGUGAUUGACAUGUUUUAUUUCUAGUAAUUUAUGAAAUUAAUCUGGUUCUUUCAACCAGGUGAGUGCUUGAGGAUGUAUGAGAGUGGUUUUAAAUGCCAUCAGUUUUCAUAAUUGAGCGUAUUAUUGAAAUCAUUCGUCCUUUCCCGUGCUCACAUUGAUUGUCGUAAAUUUCUCUUAUCAAAAAGUUGACGUGCUUACCAAACGGCAGUGUGUCGUGAUGGACCAUCACAGGUCAUUACUACAUUUUUAUAUUGUAUGAAUAAACGUAUCACACUGCCACAAAGUACAAUUGAUACUGACAAGCUACAAUUAAUACUGGUCCACAGACGAGUUCUGAAGCACAAGAUAGAAACGAUAAAUGGUUUACUUAGGUAUGCAAAUGUAUGCAUUAGUAAGGUAAGCACUGUAAAAUGCAGUCUCCUUGGAAAGGAUCCACAUAAAUUUAAGUGAUUUAUAAGCCGAUACGCUGUUUUACCUUUUAAGAAAUUCUCUUGACGGUGGAUUUUUCUUGCCAAGGUUAAAAUAAGAUGCAAAUGAAUAUGUUUACCACAGAAAGAAAUUCUCUUAUAAUUUAUUUCAUAUUCCAUAAUGCUGUACGUUGCACCCAUGACAGAAGCAUGUAUUAUUAGCACAUCCUAGAUAUCACACAAAAAGCUUUGCAGUUUUGUAUUCGAAGAAGAGGGAAUUGGAUCUGCGCUUUUUCUAAAUUUGAUACGUGUGAAAUUUUACAUGAUGACUGUGCAUUGAUUUAGUUCUUGGUGUAUCAUUUAGCAUCGGAUGCUGCAGUAAUUGAUGACCCGAACUCUGGGAAAGGACCAGUAACAUCACAUUUCAAAGCCUUUAAUGUGUUAGAGCUUAUCUGUUUUUAGAAUUUAUUUGUACAGAAUACAUUAGAAUUAAAUUUUUUCUUUUAUUUGUUUCCAAAAUCUUACCCCCGUGUGCCUACAACCCCGUCUUAGACUUCUUCUCACAUUGUACCCCUGUUAAGGUGAGCCAAUGGAUAAAAAAAAAUGGAGGCUGAAGCAGUGCUUUGAACUGAAAUGGCUGUCGAGAAAUCUAGUCUUUGUUUUGUGUGUGUGUGCAUGAACUUUACAGCUCACGAGGUUUGGCGCAACAUUCCAAGGCCUGAAGACGAGACCAACCAAUGAUGCGGUGUAUGUGAUGUUUGUAGUCAUGUUGCAAGCUGUAGCUUUGGCUGAUAAACAAAGUUCCAACCUUGCGCAGACAAGUCGAAGAAGUGGGAAGACUUCAGUGUGUGUCUCAGUUGAUUCUGACCUUCACUAGAUGUCGCAUUAGUUUUUUUUUUUUUUU